CCUAGAAAAAGCUUGCCAAGUCGCGACAUUCUUGGCAGUGUCCACAUUGAGCUACUUGGUGAGUCCUGCGGUACUGGCUGGCUGACACAUGAUGAUGCGUCUGGACGUCCUUCUUGUGCUGUGUUUGUGUGUAUGUGGUGCCAGUGCGUCAUCUUCGAUCCGGGACGUGGACGCGUUCGAACUCGACCCGACGUCUGUCACGCACGGGCAGUACAAGCUUGUGGCGGUCCAUCCGCACGAUUCCGAUGCGUUUACGGAAGGACUGCUCUUCCACGACGGCGUGCUUCUCGAAUCCACCGGACUCGACGGCAAAUCGUUCGUUCGGGAGCACAAUGCGACUGAGUUUGGCGUGCACGUGAACGAGUUCAGGUUUCCUCCGGACGUGUUUGGCGAGGGCAUCGCCGUUCUAAACGACAAGAUCUACGCGCUCACGUACAAGGCCAAGGUCGGGUACGUUUUGGACCGACGUACGUUCAAACUCCUCGACACGUUUCGCUUUGACACGACCACGGGCGAAGGCUGGGGCAUGACCACCGACGGCCACAACCUCAUCGUGAGCGACGGGUCGGCUACGAUCUUGUUCUUGGACCCGACGAACGACAUGCACGUCAUCCGCACGAUCACCGUGACCGAGACAGACGGGUCGGAAGUCCGAAACAUCAACGAACUCGAGUACGUCCACGGCGAAUUGCUGGCCAACGUGUGGUUCACCAACUCGAUUCUGCGCAUCGACGUCGCCACGGGGCAUGUCAAGGAGAGGCUGAAUCUGGACCACCUGCCGACGCUGGAAGGCCACGUGGAAGGCAUCCAAGGGCCCCUGAAGAACGACGCCGUCAUGAACGGCAUUGCGUUCAACCCGAUAAACCAACACGUAUACGUCACGGGCAAGCUUUGGGACUCGAUGUUUGAACUCGACUUGAACGUCCCGCGACGCCAUAUCCGCCGCCACUCGUAUUAACGCGAGUCAAGGAUGACGGACGAAGGGGUUGAUGAUGGACCCUGUCGUGAUGGAGCUCGUUGAUGAGGCCAGCCGACGACAUCAUGAUGGGGAAAAAAGGUUGGGGGCGUUCUAUUGUCAAGUUCAUGUGAAGGACUACAUGGACAAGCCAUGGAAAACCAAGCACCAUCGUUCAAGUCGACAAAUAUUGGUCGGGUUGAGAGCAUCGAUUAGGAUUGUAGGACGAA